UAAAUGCAGCUGUAUAUAAAGCACUAGUAACUACACAAAAUCUCAUUACUCACUCAAGAAGUACAUGUAAAUCGACAUGAAGUUAUUUAUUUUUGUGUUUGUUGUGUUUUGUGCAGUUUGCACGCAAGCACAACAGACUUUGAAAGAAUUAGUAAUUCCUGGAAGUAGUGAUCAUGGUGGAUUAACCAAACAUUGCUUUGCUGAACCGAAUACAAUAAGCGAUAGUGAUUUAGGAGCGUUUAAAGACACAGAUACGUGUUGCAUGAUGCACAACAAGUGUCCAAGAUUAGGACCUAAUAAACUAUAUGAUUGCGAAUGUGAAGAAACCUUCCGUAAGUGUUUGAGAGCAAACAAACCAAGCCCAGGCGAAAGCUUAUUCCGAACUAAAUACGGCAAAAACUAUUUCAACGUUGUUUAUCCAAAGUGCACCAAACAAGGUGGUAGUUUUACUUGCGCUAGCAAAAUAACAAGCAAUACUAAUGGUGACCAAAGAUGUGGAACAUUCAACAUUACCCCCGGCACUGAAUAUUUAUCACUUGACAAUAAGUUCUACGAAACUGUAUGAAACAAAUUUUUGUAUGUUACCUGGUUAUCUGCAAUAAUACAAUUAUAAAUGAGAUUACGGGUGGUUUAGUUAUGUAAAUUGUCGUAAUAAUUAUAUGCGACAGUUACCAACACUCACACACACGGCUAAACAGUUAUUUAUCUUUAUCUAUGGACAUGGAAAAUAAAUUCCUGCGUCAACAAUGUGAAAAAUUCAAAAGCAACGAAAACAAUUUGCUAGGCAAAAAACGGUGAAAACUAAUGCGUCAAGUGUCUACGAUUAUUCAGCAUUGAAUUUUGUGUGUGGCACGCAAACAUGUUUAGAAUCAGCUUGGCGAUUUGGACGCUUACAUUGUUUGCGGCCAUUGAGUGCGUGCAAUUUCGCAUCGGUGAAUUACGCUUUGACACCAGAGGUCUACGAGUUAUCCAUGAGGGCACAAAAUGGUGCGGGACAGGUGACAUCGCCGAAAGCGAUGAGGAUCUGGGUGAAUAUCGAGUGUUGGAUGCGUGCUGUCGAAGUCAUGACAAGUGUGCGGAUUCCAUUGAGCCCGGUCAAACUAAGCACGGGUUAACGAAUCGACAUGUGUUUUGUUUGAGUCAUUGCAAAUGCGAUUAUCAAUUGUACUCGUGUCUGAAAGCAGUGGAUUCCUCAGCGAAGGAGAAUCGAGCGGCGAUUAACGUGGGCGAUGAGUACUUUAACGACUUGAAUGUUCAGUGCUUCGACUACACUCUUCCGGCGAUUUGUACAAGGAAUGAAACGCGACACGAAAAGAUUGGGGUUUUUUCUUUGUCGCCUCAUAAGUGUACGCGGUAUGAGUUCCAAGAUGGUGAGAAACAGUGGCAAUGGUUUGAUGUACCUUUUUUUGAAGACUAAAAUAAAUUUUUAAAAGGA